AGGGGGAGGGGAGGCCGACCAAGCUCCACCCUCCUGGCCCCACCUCCCAAUCGUCCUCUGGUCUCCGGGUUCCUGGAUUCAGUGUGCCAGAGUGAGGGCGGGACUCGAAAGGAGCGGUAGCAGCUGCAGCUCCAGCUCCAGCUCCAGCUCCAGCAGCCACCUCCUGCCUCCGCCGCAGCCCCCCCCUCCCCCAAGCCCGAGCCCGAGAGCUCGCUCUGUCCGUCGGAACUCCGGCCCUUGGCCUGAGCUCGCUCCGCUCCCGCACGCUUCCCUAGCUUGCUCAAUGGCUAUCAUGGCCGCCGAGGAGGUGGCGCCCGGCGAGGUAGAGGGUGAGGCCGGCGGCCUCCUGCAGGAGAUCUUCACGUCUCCCCUCAACCUGCUGCUUCUGGGCCUCUGCUUCUUCCUGCUCUACAAGAUCGUGCGCGGCGAGCAGCCCCCCACCGCCGGCGCCGGCGACGAGGAGCCGCCCGUGCUGCCCCCCCUCAAGCGGCGGGACUUCACCCUGGCCCAGCUGCGCCGAUUCGACGGCACCCAGGACCCUCGGAUCCUGAUGGCCAUCAACGGCAAGGUCUUCGACGUGACCAAGGGCAGGAAGUUCUACGGGCCGGAGGGACCAUAUGGUGUUUUUGCUGGAAGAGAUGCUUCCCGGGGCCUUGCUACUUUCUGCUUGGAUAAGGAAGCUUUGAAAGAUGAAUAUGAUGACCUGUCAGAUCUCAAUGCUACCCAGCAAGAGACCUUGAAAGACUGGGAAUCGCAAUUCACAUUCAAGUAUCACUAUGUGGGCAAGCUGCUGAAGGAAGGGGAGGAGCCCACCAAGUACUCGGAUGAUGAAGGUCCCAAGGAUGCCAGGGAGCGAAAGGAUGACUGAAGGCUACGCUGACAAGAUCUAUUUUUGUAUGUCCCAGUAUCAUUUGUAACAGUCAGCUGUAAUUCCAGACUUAGAAAACCUUUGGAUGUGUUGUUAAUUGUUUUUUAAUCUUGUGGAACUCACUAGUUAUCACCUUGAUCACUUUAGCUCCUGUCUUAGACAAUGCAUGAUCAAUUAGCCAACCCCAAAGUAGAGCACUUACAAAAAGUGAGCUGCUGUGCUAGAGGAAAAUGGGAAUCCCGUUCUUGUUGUUGUAAUCGUUGUUGAAACUCAUAGUAUAGUGUAGACUGAAGUAAAGAGCUUUUUAGUGCCACGUAAGAAUUGGCUCUUGAGGAGAGAUUGAUACCAAAGCAACGAGGAGGAGGAUUCGGUGUGAAUCAACUCUCAUAUGCUUCCCAGUAGAGCCCCUUUCAGGCAUGAUUUUGAAGACAGCAAAUAUUCAAUUUUCCAAUUGAAUAAACUGCAGGAUUCUGGUUUUCUCUACCUCCAAAGCCAAUCUGCAGUGUCACAAAAGGCUUUAAGAUUGCUCAGAGGUGGCCAGCCAUCUAGGACCCAAAAGAAGCUUCAGAGCUUGGCUCCCCUUUCAUUCUGGCCCCCAGAGUGAAAGGGAAUCCAUGUGAAAUGUUGUUAAUUAACUCUUAGAGGGAGCGAGGCUUACCACUUAAGCUUCCUGUUUCUCUCCCUUCAAUGGAGCAUUUUAAAGAAUUCUUAACCAUUCACAUGGCUAGCAGAAGAGAAUGGGACAGGUCCCUUCUUUAGCUACAAGCUCAUUUAGAAAGAGCUUGUUAGUGGCCUUCUAGAAUCUCCCAGGCAUUUUUGCAGCUAAUAAAGUUCUUGCUCAUGAAUGCCCAACAAGAUGACAGUAAUGGUUUCCUAAGCCCCAUUGUUACAGUCAAUGUUCUCAGUUGACUUAUUUCACAGCCUGAAAAGAAGAAAAAAAGUAGCCGAAAUAGAAGGGCAUGCCUCCUCUUUGGAGCAGAGCAAGAAAAAGAUGGCUUUCUCUGUAGUUUAAGAAAAAGCUUGUUCUUUUUACUAAUGGUCAUUCAUUCUUGGUCACACCAUUUGUAAUGGUCAUCCAUUAUAGAUUUCAUUCCAGUUGCUCAGAAGACUCAUUUUCAGAUGUUGAACAUCCAUUGUGUCUCAAAAGCAUCCGCUUCACUGGUCCCCGGAGGAACAUGCAUUGAGCCCUGUCUUUGAAUCCAUAGAGGUUGAUAAAAUGGACAAGGAAAAGUGAUGUGAGCGAGUAUGGGGAUAGGGAGUGUUAAGAUGAAAUCUAGAGUAUUCUGCUUUCUUUCACAAAUCAGGGAAGAAAAGCUCUGCUUUGGCAUCCCAUGAAAUGGUGAGUUUCAAAACAAGGCAAUUGGGAGGGAUGAUACAGAAACCCUGAGCACCUAAAAAUCUCAUGAGUCUUUGAAAAAAAUGUUUUUGUUUUCAUGGAAUAAGGCUAUGCCUCUGGCACUGGUGGCUGUGUGACCCUGGAUUAGUCAUGCAAUCUAAGGCUAUAAAGUGCAGUGAAGGUGCUCCAUGCACCAAAGAAACAGUAGAUCCUGGCCCCCACCUCACCUUUCUUUAAACAUUUUUGCUAAAUCUGAGCCCUUUUCUAAAGCCAAUGCCACAAUUCCAAAAGUAGGAAGUGAGCCUGAGCAUCCCAGCACAUGCUCCUGGAGUCUCCCCUCUCUGAUUCCAGAGUACUGGUAAGGGUUUCAUAGGAGCUGUCCACAAUAGUGAAUUGUUCUCCUAAAAUGCUGUCAUCUUUUAGGGCCUGAUGUACCUCUCAUCAGAACCGUGCUAGUGCCUCAAGUGGGUGUCUGGUGGAGACCUCCCUCCAUGGAGCAUGACCCUUUGUAUCUUUGGCUUUUUUACCCUUUAUGAAUCAAGUACUAUCCCUCUUAGGUGUUAGACAUGGAAGGAUGGGACCAUCAUAGCAACACCGACUCAAUCACUGUAGAAACCAUUCUGUCUGCCCAUAAGUUUAACGCUUUCUUAUAAUAUCUGCAGAGUGAAAGGACUUGAUGUUUAGGGGGGAAAUCCUACCAUUUCUUUUACAGUGCCUUUUGGUCAAGGGUACCUUUAGACUGGCUAUUGGGAGUUGGUUCAUGCUGUCAUAACGAGUCCCAGAAAAAUCCAAUUCUCUUACCCAAGGUCUCCCCAGUGAGCGAGGCAGAUCUGGGACUCGAGCACCCCCAGUCUUUCAAUCCCCCAGGCACCUGUUCUUUCUUCUGCAGCUGCUAGAGACAUGGCUUCAUAUCAUUCAUUCCCCUAGAGUAAGAGCACAUAUCAGAUUGUCCAAUCAACUCUGUAAGGUAAUCAUCGUUCUUUUAUCACAGAAAAAGGACAGCCACUGAAAGAUACCUAGAACCAGGUGGGGGAAGAGGAGAAAGCCCUGGGAAUGAGAGGCAGGCCACUUGACACAGGGGCAGGAAUUUGCUCUCCAGGAGUUCCCUGUCCUGAUAAAACACAGGCCUAGGCCACACACCUGCUUACAUUUGGUGAAGGGUUACUUGUCAGAACAUUGCAUGAACAGUUUUGAAUGACGAAUUAAACAAUUCAGACUUUUCUUAAAGCUGUUUCAUCAUGUCAGCUAUUUGUAAUGUGGGAAGAAGAAUGAAGUGCUUUUGUCAUCUUAAUUAAUAAAAAUGGUUUGAUGUGGUACUACAGCUCUUCAA